CAACCUGACAAGUGGCGGUGGCGUGGUGUGGGCGGCUGGGAAGCUGCGCUCAAUAUUCACGCUGCUCGUUGAGUGUGAGGAGGACGACCAUGUGCUUGCGUCUGCAUGCGAGAUGUUGCAAGUCCUCAGCUCCAGCCAUGCUGGUGCAUUGGCAUUUAGCAACAAUGGAAGCCUCGCGGCCUUAGCCAGCCUGCUGGGACGCACUCACAACCCUCAAGCCCUGGAGAAGAUCACCAGCACGCUGUGGAACCUGUCGUGCCACGAGUCUCUGAGGGCUGCGCUGGUGGAGCUUUGCCUCCCGGCGCUGGUGGAGCACGUGCUGGUGCCAGAGAGCGGCUGGAGGAGCAACUUUGGAGACUCGCCCGCCUCAACCUCCCCCACCCGGCUCGUCCGCCUCGCCUUCCGCGGCGUUCUGCAACGCCUUGACGUGCCUACGGGAGUUGAGCUCGGCAGAUCCGGACGGACGGCUGAGCACGUGGAAGGGCGAGGGGCUGGUGGACUGCGUGCUGCGCUUCGUCCGCUCGGCACUGAGAGGACGCAACAUCGAGACCAAGGCGGUGGAGGAUGCAGUCUGUGUCCUGCACCAGCUGAGCGUCCACAUGCUGCACAACGUGCCGCACUGCGGAGACUCAAGGCUGGGGGGGGGCAGCUGGGGGGGAGCUGCCAGCCACAGCUCCACCCUGAAGACAGACACACCGUGUUCCUGUCCGCCUUGCUCCGCGCCGUAACGAGGCCUACGCCUGCAGGCUGGGAGCUGCUGUACCAGGCCGACACAGUCAGCUGCUACGUGUCGCUGCUGCAGCAGUCGCACAACGUGCUCGUGCUGCAAGCGGCAACACGCUCCAUCUACACGCUGGCCAGCGGAGACACCCAGUGGUCGGCGUUGUCCCGCACGGCCGUGGCUCACAACGGGGGGCUGCCCUGCCUCCUGGAGCAGCUGCGGAGCGGGAGGAGCAGGAGGAGCGGCGACGACGAGCGCCGUCUGCUGGCGUACACCUCGGUGCACGCGCUGCGGGUCCUCGCUCGCAAUGACCCCAACAACCAGCGCCUCAUCGGGCUGCACAAUGGCGUGAGGAUCCUCACCGCGAUGCUGCCUGACGCUGCCGAGGCAGGCGGCGGUGGCGGCGGUGGCGAUGGUGGCGAUGGUGGCGAGGCCUCGUGGCUGGGCGAGGAGGGGCUGUCGGCAGUGCUCUGGGCGCUGACGGCGCUGGUCUCUGGCAGCGUCGCCAACGCUCAGCGGCUGCAUCGCGGCGGUGGCAUCAGGCGCAUCGUGGCCAUCCGCACCAGCCGGACGGCGUGCAGCCAGGACCUCUUUGCAGCGAGGGCUUUGCUCACCGUUCUCUGGGCUCACCACGACCUCCGCGCCAGCUACAAGAAGUGUGGCGGCUGGGACAAGGAGCACUUCUUGUCACCGAGAUGCCACGAGCAGCAGCAGCGGCGCCGGCAGCAGCAGCAGCACGUGCACUCGCUGUGGCACCAGUGGCAGCUGUGCCAGCAGUGGCAGCUGUGGCAGCAGUGGCGCCAGUCGCAGCUGUAGUAGCAGAAGCAGCAGUAGCAGAAGCAGUAGUAGUAGUAGGGGUAGUGGCGGUAGUAGCAGUCCGCUCGGCGGACGCUGGCGUUCUCCUCUUGAAUCUUGACUUGAAGCUUUCGUGCCUUGCAGGGAUUUAUGGGUCUGUCGGUCAGGUGGCGUGGGUAGGUUCAAGAAAAUAACAAAAAACUACGACGUUUCGAUGGCAACACAAGCGGUCGUCAUCAGUGUUGCGAUGGAAACGUCGCGUGUUUUUGUUAUUUGCUUUGAACCUACACACGUGAUGUUACCGACAGACCCCAAAGAAUAUGCUCUUCUUAACUUCGCUUGUUGAUGUUGAUGAAGAUGUCGAUGGUGCUGUUGUUGAUUUUGUCGUUGAUGUUUAUGAUGUUGUUAUUGAUUUUGAUGAUGUUGUUGAGGAUGUUGAUUUUGUUGUUAAAGAUGUUGAUGUCGUUCGACCGGUGGCUAUGGGAACAAUUACCCUAGGGGAGGCUAAUUGACCCAACCCAGCCAAGGUGCGGGUCUGGACUCUGGCUUCCUCGGAACUCGCCCUCACAAGGACGUAGAGCCGGGAGUCCCAGAGUCCCACCACUGGCCCUCACAGCGUCCCGGCCCUUACAAGGACAAGCGGGACGAGGGGGUCCAGGGUCCUAAGCUGGCUGGCUGGCGGGUCUUGACCUGCGACUGGCCCUGAUCGGCCAGGGAGCUGCCCUUUUAUGCCUCGUGCCCAACGAGGGUUGGGGUUGUGUGCGCCCCCAGGUAUCCCACAGAGCACACACAGCCCCCCUGUUGGUGGCACCAAGGGGCUUAAGCAUCUGGGGUGCCUGGGAUCCUAGCGCCUGGCGCCAAGGGGCUUCUCUGCCUAGGGUCCCAGAGCCCCCAGCAGCCCCUCCCCUCUUGGGCUGGCACAGUAGCCCCUCUCAUGGCACUGCACCUGUAGUAUAAAUGGGCUGUUCUAUGGCGACAGUGGGUGUACUAUACACAAAGGCUCACUAGAGGGCACAUUCCAGAUGUGACGGAGCACGUGGCCCAGAAGGGGAUGGCCACGUGAUGUGGACCCAGAGUGUGACUGACGGGGGGGAGGGGGGGGGUGCGGAGUCCCCCCGUGGUUCUUCAACCGCGGGAAAGAAGUCGUCCACUUCCAUCUUCGCUUUUCAGCCUCCGUACGCGUCGCCUGUUCCCGUCCCACCGUAGCGAAGGGGUUCCGCUCAAGCGGCGAGGUGGUUAGGGCCGGCGGCCACCACCUUACGUGGUUAGCCCGCGAUGAGCGCAGUCGCUCGCAAUGUGCUUGGUUCACCUGGGAACGUUGAAUAGUGUUGGUUGUGUGAGAGAUUAA